AUGAACACUUCACGGCUCUCCGCCCUGCUACGGCAAACUGGAUCAGCCCAGUCUCGGCUGCUGUCCUGCUCUUCACUUCCUCGCCAUGCCGUGCAGCGACGAGGCUUGAGCGCUGCGGCGGGCUCAAAUGCCAUCCGGGACCUUCUUCAGGUAUCCAGCGAAGUGUCUGAUGCCAUUGCGCAGAACAAGCCCGUUGUUGCCUUGGAGUCAACCAUUUAUACCCAUGGGGCUUUGGGCAAGGACCUUGCGCGGGAGCAUGAGGACUUGGUGCGAAGCACUGGCGGCAUCCCGGCCAUUAUUGCUAUUGUGGACGGCGUGCCGAAAGUUGGUGUCACGACUGAUGAGAUUAUUCGGAUGAUUGAGGAAGAGGGCACAGUCAAGGCUUCGCGAAGAGAUAUUUCCUACUUGGUGGGCAUGGGCCUUGCUGGACGCAAGAUUCACGGCGGCACAACUAUCGCCGGUACUAUGCUUCUGGCCAGAUUGGCCGGCAUCAGAGUCUUUGGAACCGGUGGCCUUGGAGGUGUUCACCGCGGAGGCGAGAACUCCAUGGACAUUUCAGCCGACCUCACUGAGCUGGGGAGGACGCGAGUUGCUGUCAUCAGCAGUGGCUGCAAGGGAUUCCUUGACAUCCCCCGCACACUCGAGUAUCUCGAGACUCAGGGCUGCUUGGUAUCGACCUUUGCAGAUGGGCGGAGUGGCAAGGUUGACUUCCCGGCCUUUUGGGCGAGAGACAGCGGCAUCAAGAGCCCGUCAGUCACAUACACUGAAAGGGAGGCUGCGGCCAUGAUCCUGGCCCAGGAGAAGCUCAACAUCGAGUCAGGCAUGCUCUUUGCCAACCCCAUUCCCGAGGAGUUUGCUGUUCCCGCAAAGGAAAUGCAGGCUCACAUCGAGCAGGCUGUCGCCGAGGCAGACCAGAAGGGCUUCACCGGCAGUGCCAACACCCCGUAUGUCUUGCAAAGACUCAAGGAGCUCACUGGCGAGAAGGCAGUGAUUGCCAACAAGGCGCUGGUGCGAUCCAACAUUGUGAGGGCGACCAACAUCGCAGUGGAGUUGUCACGCUUGCUGAGCCAGGGAACGAGCUCAACUUCAUCAGAUCAUAGUGUGGCGUUUUCAUCAUCAUCAAAAGUCGAAAAUAAACCAUCAUCUACAUUAAAAGCAAAUCCCAAAGCUGACAUACUCGUUGCUGGAUCGGUCGCUGUGGACCUCAGCUGUGACUACACCAGCCUCAACGGCGGCGAUGGCCAGCCGAAAGCUCAUACCUCUAACCCGGCUAGCAUAAGCCAGUCAAUCGGCGGUGUAGGCCAUAACGUUGCUCUGGCCGCUCAUCGAGCAAGCCGCCAAGCUCACGUCAAGUUCAGCAGCAUGGUUGGCGAUGACAUUGCAGGCGAUACGGUCCUCUCGGCUUUGGAAGCUUCCGGGCUUGAUCCCACAUACGUGAAGAAACUUGACAGGACAGAGCACCCUGGAAGCCGAACCGCUCAGUACGUUGCUAUAAACGACUCCAGUAAGAACCUCGUCAUGGCUAUGGCAGAUAUGGGUAUCUUCACGCAGCAUCUUUUCCCAGAGGACUGGGAAUCAACCAUCAAAGCGACAGAUCCCAAGUGGCUUGUCGUGGAUGGAAAUUGGAGCCCCAAAGGCAUCAGGACCUGGGUCCACACGGCUAAUGAGCACGGAAGCAAAGUGGCCUUUGAGCCUGUAUCGGUGGAAAAGUCCAAGAGCCUCUUCGGCCCACAGCGCGGAGUGCCGCCGCUGGGCGUUUUCCCCAACCAGAGCGUUGACCUCUCCUCACCCAAUAUCUACGAGCUUUCAGCCAUGUACUCUGCAGCCAAGGAUAACGGCUAUCUGGACAGCGCUGAGUGGUUCGAGGUCAUCGAUUCGUUCGGCAUGGUCGGCGCCAGAGACAAGUUUGUUCGUCUGACGUCGAUGGAGCUGACUGACGCCGGGGUGCCAGUGCAGUCUAUCCAGCUACUUCCUUAUAUACCAACCUUGAUUACAAAACUCGGAUCCAAGGGCGUUCUCUUGACAACCAUCCUUGGGAAAGACGACCCUCGCCUCCGUGACCGUGAGUCCGAAGAAUACAUCCUGACGAGAUCAUUCAAUGGAAACCCGGCAAUUGGUGGCGUCUACAUGCGGUUAUUCCCACCGGUUGAAAAGGUAGAGCACGUUAUUUCUGUAAAUGGCGUGGGUGAUACAUUUUUAGGCGUCAUGAUUUCGGGACUGGCUCAAGGAGGAAGGGUGGACAAGCUGGUUGAUGUGGCUCAGCGAGGUGCGGUUUACUCGCUCAAGUGCGCAGAAUCUGUGAGCAAGGAGAUUUCAAAACUAGAGGGCGAGUUGGAAAAAUCGCAUUGCGGAACAAACCAGCAAAAGAUGGCUCCGCCGCAGGACGAACCUUUCUCAGAGGACGAGCAGUCCGAGAGUCCAUUUUCAUCAGACAUUGACUCCGAUGAUGCCUCAACAACAAAUAAGAAGCCGGUGAUUGCAGUGCAGGACAAGGACUCUGACGAAGAAGACCUGGAACGAUUGGUUUUCGGCAGCAAAGUUAGCUUUGGAGAAAGCCUUUUCAAGAACAAUGCGUUAUUCGGAGCUUCAGACGAGAAGGAGGGCAACGAAUUGGAAAUGGCCGAUGACGAGGCCGCUGGGUUGGAAGAUGUCGACGAUAUGGACCUGUUCAUGAUCGACACUGCUCCGAGCGGCGCGGCGCCUCAAGUUUCAGCUACUGCGCCGGCGAAGAAGAAGGGCGAAGGCGAACCGGCAGCCUGGGAGGACAGCGAUGACGACCGGCUGGGAAUCUCGCUCGCGAAUCACACACGACUGCGAAAAUUGCGACUGACCGAGGCCGAAGACGUUGUGAGCGGUACAGAGUAUAGCAGAAGACUCCGACAGCGCUACCUCCAACUCCAUCCCGUGCCUGCGUGGGCUAAGGAAGUAGACGGUCGUCCUACGAAGAGGAGACGGCGUUCAUCUGCAUCCUCCGGCUCAUCGGACGAGAGCGGCAACGAGUCCGACGGCGAAGUGUCUGCCCAGCCAUUGGAAGAGUUCCUGCGAGAUGUCAGAAGCCUAUCUGGUGCGGGCGGCCCCGCGAAGCGACGCCUCAGCCCAGAAAUCAUCGGCAUCCAGCGAACACGCGAAAUUUCAGACAAGCACCUUGCGCCUGUGGAAUGCCUGUCCUUCCACCCCGAGUACCCGGUCUUGCUCUCAGCCAGCACCGCCUCGGUGCUCUACUUACAUCAUAUUGCUCCUGAUGCCUACCCGGUGCCGAAUCCUCGAUUAACGUCUGUACAAGUUAAGGGAGUUGACGUCAGGAAAGCAGAGUUCUUAUACCCUGGUGGUGACAAGAUCUUUAUUGGUGGACGAAGGAAAUACUUCCACCACUGGGACCUCAAAACUGGCAUUGUGCAGAAGACGUCGCAGAUUCAGGGCCACCAGCUGGAGCACAAGACGAUGGAAAGAUUCAGGCUGAGCCCUUGCGGCAGAUACAUGGGCAUCAUUGGCUCGUCACGCAAAGGCGGUGGUAUCGUCAACAUUCUCAACGUUGGCUCGCUGCAAUGGAUCGCCACGGCCAGGCUCUCCAGCAGACACGGUAUCGCGGAUUUCGCCUGGUGGAGCACCGGAAACGGCAUGACGAUCCUAGGAAAAGACGGCCAGGUUGGCGAGUACAGCGUGGAGAGCAGGAGCUUCGUCGGCAUGUGGCGCGACGACGGCUGCAUUGGUGGCAUCGUCAUUGCUCUCGGCGGCCACCAGGGCCCCGAGCUGAUUGGCGAGGACCGCUGGGUAGCUAUCGGCUCCAACUCCGGCAUCACCAACAUCUACGACCGAACCACGCUGCUCACCAUGGACAGCGACAAGAACAUCACGGUCAAAGAGACCCCCACCCCUACGCGUGUGUUUGAACAGCUCGUCACGCCCAUCACCGUGCUCACCUUCUCGCCCGACGGCCAGCUCCUCGCGUUCGGCAGCAGAGAUAAGAAGGAUGCCUUGCGGCUUGCGCAUCUGCCGAGCUGCACGGUGUACAGGAACUGGCCGACGGCGCAGACUCCUCUGGGGAGAAUAACAACAGUGGCGUUUGGAAGGGGGAGCGACUUGUUGGCGGUGGGUAAUGACGCGGGCAAAAUUAGACUGUGGGAGAUUAGGAAUUAG